AUGCCUCCUGCCCCGCUGGCCGAGGCGGCUGCAGCUCGACCACCACCCACCCCAGGCGCCCACGGCCUCCCCAAGCCGCUCACGCUCCCCGCGCUCCCCCGCGGCGAGUCAGGGGAGCGCGGGGCCGGCAAUGCCGGAGGCGGGAGGACGCGGGGGCCGGCCAGCCGCCACUCCGCCCGAGGCCGAGGAGCACGUACGCCGCCCAGCCCCGAGCCCGCGCCCGACGCGCCCACUCACCCUCCCCGCCGACCGCCCGAGGCUCGAAACGCGCGACAAAACCGGAAACGGGCCUUCGACGCACGCUCCCGCUCCGUCUCACAGACUUCCGGCUGUUCUGGGCGGCUCGGAGGCUCGGCCGUCUCGGUGGUUCCCAGCCUGGCGGCCAGGGCACUGGAGAACGGGCGGGGCCGGAGCAACCUCACCGUUGUGGUUGGGGCUGGCCUCAAGAGCUUCCGUGGCUGGCACGGCAGCCCCACCGCGGAGAGCCAGGGCACGUGCGGCUUGGGCUUCAGGACCAUCCCCCCUGCGCCCCACACGGUGCAGAAGCGCUUUCGGUCUGGGGAGUGCGGCCGAGCCUUCAGGCGGGGCUCCGGGCCGGCUCAGCACUGCCGCACGGGCGUGGGGAAGUGGUCCUUCGCGUGCGGCGCCUGUGGGAAGGCCUUGCGCCAGGGCUCCCAGCUGACCCGCCUCCGGCGGACGCACACCGGGGAGAGGCCCUGCUGGUGCUCCACGUGCGGCACGGGCUUCAGCCGGCGGGCCACCCUCCGGCGGCACCAGAGCGUCCACGCCGCGAGCGGCCCCUCGGCUGCGGCGCCUUCACCCUGA